AUGGAGAAAUAUAACAAAGUCCUUACUCUUGGCUGAGGAGGAGCAGGUGAUGUGUUAUUGAUGAAAAAUGUGGAUAAAAAAAAAAAAAAGUAUGCUGUCAAGAGAAUACUUCUGGACAGUUCUCGAAAAACAAAGACCAAAGAAGUUGUGUUGCAAGAGGCAGGCAUUCUCAGCAGCGUGAAGCUCCCUCAUAUUAUAACAUGGUUUGACACUUUCUUUGACUCAACUAAUGACCAUAUUUACAUUGUUAUGGAUUAUUGUGAUGGUGGAACACUUGAUGUCCACAUUAAAGAGCAAAAGGGUGGGUAAUACUUUGCAGAAUCCAAGAACUGGUUUGUGCAAGUCAUCAUGGUGGUCAGUUACAUCCACUCUGAAAAGAUCCUGCACAGAGAUAUCAAGCCUUCCAAUGUGCUGUUAACCAAGAGAGGUGUGAUUAAACUUGGGGAUUUUGGAAUAUCAAAGAUCAUGAACCAUACGCUUGAUGUGGCAUCUACCUGUGUGGGAACCCCCAGUUACCUGAAUCCUGAACUCUGCCAGGAAGUCCCAUACAGCACCAAAUCUGACAAAUGGGCUGUUGGCUGCCUACUGUAUGAGCUCUGUGCCCUCGAACCAGCUUUUGAAGCCAAAAAUCUCUUAAAUCUGUUUUACAAGAUCAUAAAAGGGGAAUACAUCAAAGCUCCCGAGAAGUAUUCCAAAGACAUACAUACAUUAAUUGAGAAAGUGUUGUCCUUGGUUCCAGAGAACAGACCGAGUGCAAGCAGCCUCCUUAGCAUGACCUAUGUGCAAGAAAAUUUGGGAAAGUUUGUCACGCAUCAAGAGAAAGAGCUGACGAAAGUUAAUGCUGAAUCCAGACCUCAAACAAAAGAAGAGUUUAACAAUUAAAUGCCAUCUUUGGAAAGCAGAACAGACAGAGAACAUGCCACUGAGGAGGAAGUAGCCCAUGAAGGAACGGAGUCUGAUUAUUCAGAGGACUUUGACGAACAUGAUAGCUUUACAUACUCUGAGGAUGUUUCAAGGGAAGAUGUCUCCUCCAGCCCUGCAAAUGUGGUUGAAGAGAUGUUUGAAGAGUCUUGUGUUGUGUCUGAUGAUAAGUACAUCACAGACUAUGCAGAUAACUUUGAAGAAGUUGAGGAUGACGACCUGGCAGAAGUGGUCUGCUGUGCCAGAGAAGUCAUGAACUAUGUCUCAGAGAAUGAUUCCUUUGAAUUGGAUCUUAGAGAUGCUGACAGUUUCUCUGUCACAAUGAAAGUGAUGAGAGAGAAAUACUAA